AAGCCGAACAUGGCUAUGCUUCUCUCUCGCCUUACUGCGGACAAGAUACGUUACAAUUGCGGAGGUGGCCGAAAACGCGAAAGGCCCUCAAAAACUUCCGGUCUGUACACAAUGAGCUGGAGAAACACAGAAGGGCCCAGCUACGACAGUGUUUAGAACAGUUGAAGCAGCAAAUCCCCACAAAUACAGAGCAUUCUCAUUACACAAUGCUUAGUCUCCUGCAUCGAGCCAGAUUGCACAUUAAAAAGCUGGAACACCAGGAACAGAAAGCUCAACAAGAGAAAGAGAGGCUACGUUGUGAGCAGCAGAAUCUGCACCAGCGCUUAGAAGAAUUGCAAGCCCAUCUGAAUAUGGAACUGGCAGAAGCAGAUAGCCUGGAUUCUUCUCAGUUCUCCUCUGAGCAUUCUGACUCAGAAGAUGAAGUGGACAUAGAAGGCGUGGCAUCUGCCAGCAUUGGAGAUGUCAUGGCUGCUUUCAGUACUCAGCAGGAACGGAGCUAUUCCACUGUCAGCAACUUCUGGUUAUGGACAGAAGUUCAGUUAAGAGGACAGCAUUCAUCUAGACAAGCUUCAAGCUUUUCAAAAAUUGCUUCGUGGCAGGAUAACUGAUACAUGGUUUAUAAGACUGUUUUCUGUAAGUAAAGAGGAACCCCCUUUCUUAUAAAAAAGGGACUAUGCACCUCCUCAUGAAACCAAGUUUUGCAUCUCCACCUUUUUCACAAAACCAACUAGGGCAAUUGUUAAGAGAGUUACAUACUGAAGCUGGCUAACUUUACAUGGUAACAUGUGAUGGCAGGAGGAAGAAGAGUGAGAUUUUAAAACACUUGACAUGCAAUUGGUAUGAGUAGCUGCAUCUUACGCCCCGUCCUAGUUAAGGUUUGUGGAGCAGGCAAGUCCAUUUUGCAGAGACUUUGGCUGGUAAGACACCCACACAC